GAGAUGAAAAUUUGCUACUAGAUGCGAUUGAACUCCAAGAGGCUCUUGUUCUUAGUCAAUAUAAAAGCUUUAGAUUUGUCUUCACCGCCUCUUAUACGAAACAUAUCCACGUUUUAAGCCUAGGGCUCUUUUCUACAGGGGAUUCAGGAUCGAGGGCGAUGGCGAACACUUUGAGGCCGUAUCUGACAUGCAUCAGGAACACGCUUACUGCGGCCAUGAGUCUCCAGAAUUUCCCAUGUCAAGAUGUGGAGCGACAUAACAAGCCCGAAGUUGAGUUCAAAACCAACACGGAGCUACUCCUUAAUCCCAUCUUAAUCUGCCGUAACGAAGCAGAAAAAUGCUUGAUUGAAACGUCGAUCAACUCCCUGCGAAUCAGCAUCAAGGUCAAACAAGCUGACGAGCUGGAAAACAUCCUCACCAAGAAGUUCUUGAGGUUCUUAGCCAUGAGGGCCGAAUCCUUUCAAGUUCUUCGGAGAAAGCCUGUACAGGGCUACGAUAUCAGCUUCUUGAUCACCAACCAACACUGUGAAGAGAUGAACAAGCACAGGCUGAUUGACUUCAUUGCCAGGUUUAUGGAGGAUAUUGACAAGGAGAUAAGUGAGCUUAAGCUCUCUGUGAACACUCGAGGACGCCUGGUUGCGUCUGAGUAUCUUAAGCAGUACACAUAGCAGAUAGAUCAUCCAUAUCCUAUGGCAGCGCUCGUUAGUAGCAGUUGCUCCCUAGACCUGCAAAAUGAAACGUCUCUUUGGUGGGUGUCACCACAGACCAUCCAUCCAUUCA